UGGCACUAGUGGGAUCAUAGCCAGUCUUAUCUGCAGCCACAAAGACCCCGUUGAAACAGAUUUUGCCGUUUCCGACAUUGCCAGAACGCAGCAACCCCUCCCGCGGCAUUUCUUUCGCCCACCAUGAGCCUUGACAUGAAUAGCUGCUCUAAGCCGCAGCACAAGUCAGAAGAAGAAGAACAAGAGGCUGUUAUUAUUGGCUGCCGUAAAUCGGAGCUCGCCCUCGUUCAGACUCGUUCUAUCGCAUCCCAGCUGGGCCAAACGCUCGACCCCUCUCCCAACUUUCAAAUUGCCACUGGCAGUGUCGUUGGCGAUGCCGAUAAGCAGGCGCCCUUCGCGGUCCUCUCCAAGCUGGCAGGCGGCUCGGAUAUUGGUAAAAGCCUGUGGACAAAUGGCCUGGAAGUGGACUUGGUGGCCGGCAAGGUCCACUGUCUGGUCCACUGUUUGAAGGACAUGCCGACCACGCUGCCACCGCAUUGUCUCCUGGGAGCUAUCCCGGAGCGUGAGAACUGUCUUGAUGCCGUCUGUAUGAGGCCCGACUCGAAGUUCACGUCCAUCGAUCAAUUACCCGCUGGUUCCGUGGUGGGAACGAGCUCUUCCAGGAGGAAAGCACUGAUUCGGCGCAAUUGGCCUCAUUUGGAGGUUAUGGAAUGUCGCGGCAAUCUCGAUACUCGUCUUGCUAAGCUUGACGCGCCUUCUUCCCCGUUUUCAUGCAUUCUCUUGGCGACCGCGGGCCUAUUACGCCUGGGACUCGGCCAUCGGAUUACGCAUCAGCUUGAUCCUAGUAUAUUCCCUUAUGCAGUAGGUCAGGGCGCCCUCGGGAUCGAGGUUAGCACGGACCGUCCAGACAUGCUCGAGCUGGUCCGUCAUGUCGACCAUAAGCCGUCGAGAUGGCGCGGGUUGGCGGAGAGAGCGAUGCUUCGAAGCCUCCAGGGAGGAUGCUCGUCCCCAAUCGGCGUGUGGUCUUCUCUGGAGCCCCUGAAAGAAGAAAACGGAUCGACAGAAGAGACACAACGAGGCCGUGACGGUAGCGGCGGCGGCGGCAGCCUUAGCUUGCGAGCCACCGUGGUCAACAUAGAAGGAACGUCGGAGAUUGUUGCUGAGGAUGUGGCCACGGUCCAGUGCGACGAAGAAGCGGAACAACUCGGUGUCUCAGUCGCAGAUAUGCUUAUUCGCAAGGGGGCGCGGAGCCUAAUGCCAAAACAAUUCUAGAUUCGACUUUUUUUACUUGGACCCAUCUAAAAAAAGAACUAGCAGUGGAAGUGUAUAUAUGCCUUGGAUAGCUUAUUUACAAAAGUCAUGGCCGACUAUGGAAAUGGCUCCUUGCAAACUAUAAAGAUAUACGGUAGAACUGUUCACUUUAAGGAGCAAUAGAACUACCUUGCGGGACUGUCUUUCAAUGUCGGUUUCAACCAACUCUUACUACUAGAAGCAUUUACUUUCCAAUCGAAACCUCUGCUGCUUUUCCUUGCUUCGCUAAUCUUUCAACCUCUGCCGCCACCUCGCUGGAGCUGCAGCAAGUUGCUGACCGACGGCCAUCUCGCUGAUGAGAUUUCGCAAGAACAUGAAGCAGGAGAGAAACAAUAAUGAGCAAGACAGCGGUCGCCUGGAAACCUUCGAAGGAAGCCAUGGCGACCAAACUGGCUUGUUU